AUGGCCCAUGCCCCUCUGCUUCGAAAUAACACCGCUCCGGUCUUCCACCCCAACCAGAGCGGCGUCAGCGUCCUUCCACACAACAACAUGAACAGUGUGCCCCGCGGUAGCCAGCUGUCAGGGUCGACGGCGUAUACCAGUUCAUCAACGUCGCUGAAUUCACUGAGUAGUGCUGCAACCGUGGUUCCAGGGCAGAAUGGCGGAUCUGUCGUGGCCACGGCCAACAUCAUCAAUCAAAAGGCGGAUGCUUCACGAUCGCUCUACCAGAUUUGUGUCUCCCUUAAACAACGAUUAAGUCAAGUGCCCGAUUUUGGACCUUUUCUCGAGCAACUUGAUCCUACCGAUCCUGUCGACCCCUUGUGGAAUCUGUUCCGGUCGGGGUAUCCCCUUCUCACAAUCUACAACUCGCUACAGCCCACGGAACCGCUCAAGGUGGAAGACCCAAAUGCAUCCGAAGCGAAAAAGUCCAAGAUUGCCAUUUUCAAGUUUGUGCAGGCGUGUAUGAAGGAAUUGCAAGUCCCCCCCGCCCAGAGUUUUGUCAUUACAGAUUUGAUGGGAAACGACACAAGCGGUUUCGUCAAGGUUACGCAGGUCGUCAACUACGUGCUUGAUCUGGCAGAGCAACGUGGCCUGUUGCUACAACUUCAACCUUACCCCGAGGACGAGCCUGCCGUCGCAACAGGGGGCGCGCAAAUGAGCUACAGGGAUCACAUUGUCAAGGAACUGGUUGAUACCGAGCGAAAAUAUGUCCAGGACCUGGAAAACUUGCACGACUUGAAGAAGACGUUGGAACAGAAGGGACUUAUCCCAGGAGAUGUUGUGCACCAAAUCUUUCUCAACAUCAACGCGAUUCUCGACUUUCAGCGACGAUUUCUCAUUCGAGUUGAAACGACAAACUCCUUGCCAAAGGCCGUCCAGCGAUGGGGUGCCCCGUUUUGUUUCUACGAAGAUGCCUUUGACAUCUACCAGCCCUUUAUCGCCAAUCAGCGCAAGGCUGCUCAAAUCGCCAACCAAGUUUUCGAGAAAAUUCAACAAUCAGAGCACCCUGUCGCCGCAGACUUUAACACCUUGGACGGAUUUUUGCUAAAACCUAUGCAGCGAUUGGUGAAAUAUCCAUUGUUGCUCAAGGACCUCGCCAAAAAAUCGGAAGAUGAGGAAGUCAAAGACGAUCUAAACACGGGAUGUGAAGCCGCGGAACGAGUUUUGCUCAAAGCCAACGAAGCCGUAAACCGGGACCUUCUUGAUGAAGCUCUGGAGGAACUCAUCACUCGAGUAGACGAUUGGAAGUCACAUAAGGUGGAAUCAUUCGGCAAGCUACUCCUGCACGGUGUGUAUGGCGUUAUUACUGGCAAGAGUGAUCAAGAGAAGGAUUAUGAAAUUUACCUUUUUGAAUGCAUCUUGCUGUGUUGCAAGGAAGCCUCUGGCAAGAAAGACAGGACGCGAUCCACGGGACCCAAAAUCAGGAAUAAGAAUGCAAAGCUUCAGCUAAAGGGCAGAAUCUUCAUGACUAACGUGACUGACAUUGUGUCCCUUUCAAAACCUGUAGGUUCUCACAGCGUUCAGAUUUGGUGGAAGGGUGACCCUGGUGUCGAGAAUUUCACGAUCAAGUUCCUUAACGAGGAGACAAUGAGGAAAUGGGCAGGCGGAUUAGAGACACAGAGAAAAGAACAUGCGCCACGGCUCUCCACCAGCCAAGAAUCCAUCAACAACGACUUUGCAUGGACCAGAGACCAAGCCGGCGGCCUUGAGAACCCCUAUCUACAGCAGGACGAAGAAGACGACGAAGACUAUGGGCCAGCAACAGCACCGGCCCAGUUUCCAAUGCCUUCAUCAAUGGGCACCGCCGUGCCUCGCACCGCUUCAAGCUCCAGUCUGAGACAACGUUCUGCCACAGGGGAGAGCACACAAUCCCUUGCAGGCAUCGCAAGAGCUCCACCGCCGCGUUUCCCAUUGCCUAUGCCGCCCGCUCCCCUCAAUAUACAGAUCCAAGGCAAUGGCGCCCCAUCUCCCGGCUCGAGGGGAGGAGACAGCUACUUCUCCCCAGUGGCCGAGUCUCCAGCCUCUUCUCGUACAAGCACCACGAGCGGCAUCUUCCCUGGGCCUGCUUAUCAGUUCCCUCCCAAGGCCGGUACACCACAGGCCGUUUGGGACGACCCGCGUUACUCUCCUUCAAUGCCACGGGCCCCGUCACGAGAUGGUUCCUCCCCCAAUCCAAUUGGCAUGGGUAGCAGGACUGCUCGUGGACCUUCUCUGCCCGCAAUGGCCACCCAUAGUCAAACUGCGGCUCAGCAACAAAGAAGUAGGUCUUACAGCACACCGGAUGUCAAUGUUGCAGGUAUCCCUCGACAUCGUCAACCGAGCCAGGGCAAUAUUCCAGCCGUGCCUGGCAUUCCUCAGCACUUACACCCAGCUCAUGACGGCAGCAUCCCGCGAUCGCAAACAGGCUCGCCUCGCAAUGAUUUACCAAUUCGAACCAGCACACAAAGCCCGGGAGCCCAACGUGAGCGAAUGCACCAGCACUCGGGAAGCCUCGGGGGCACGAUGUCUCAUUUUCCUCACCAACAACCCUAUCCGCGUGGAAACACACCCACAGGCGGCAACGGUUUGCGAGUCGACUCUGCAACUGCGAAUUCACGCAACGUGUCCCCAUCCCUCGGUACGGCGACGCUCCCUCCGACCAGCAACCCCGUGGCGAGUCCAGAUUUGCCCAUGCCCACGCAGUUGAAGGUCAGGGUCAACUGUGAUAGCGGGAACUAUGUGACGCUCGUGGUUGCAUUUAAUAUCACCUAUCAAUCCUUGAUCGAUCGAAUUGACGCUAAACUUGCACGAUUCAUGACGAGCAGCAUUAGCAAGGGUAUGCUGAAGCUCCGGUACCGUGACGAAGAUGGCGACUUUGUCACCAUUGAAAGCGAUGACGAUAUUCAGAUUGCCUUUAUGGAGUGGCGCGAGGGAGUCCGAAAUAUGUAUUCCGGCGGCGUUGGAGAGAUAGAGCUCUUCUGUGUUGGAGAAGGCCAAUGA